GCUGAACAGAAAGGGGUGGAGAAUCUGUUGCGCUUGCGCUCACCCUGGGGGUGCAGGGGAUUGACGUGGAACGGGAGAAGCGCACAGUCGGUGACGAGGAGCCGAAGUUAUCGGUUGUGGAUUCCAGAACCUGCGUCUCAAAAUCAUCCAGUUUGCUGCUCCGUUGCGAAAUUCACUGCGACUGCAACUGUGCACAUCUCGGUCCGGUAUCUCGCCAGCAGCUGGUCGGGUGGAGCGCAGCCGAUAAUUGAGAACUUAUAUUGUUUGAUGUUGAACAUACUCGCCAUCCCUCUCGCCGAAUCCUCAGUCUGGUUUCUUUUUUUGCAAGUUCCCUUCCACAUUCACUUCAAUUCUGUAUGUUGUACUUUGAGUAAAAUAUAGAACUUCGACACCGUUAGGCAGUUCAAUUUCUGUGUGUAGUAGCCACAGUUAUUUGUUAAAACAAUUUUACUGAAUUUUGUUCAUUGUUCAAGUAAUCUCAAGACAUUUUCCAGUGUUUUUUAUGCCACAGAAGGUGUAAUCAAGAUACUUUUUGUCUCUGUUGCUAUAACUUCAUGGAUUUUGAGUGCGUGUAUGUAAGAUCACCUGUUGAAUAGGCGUAAAAGCUAACGAACUGCUGAGAUCAUCAUCGAAAACAAACAAUAAGUUAACUUUUCUCUGAUUUACAGAACAGUGGAUUCUUUUUGAAAAACUUUUAAAUAGCAGAGACUCAUUCUUCUAUUUUCAGAGAUCUUCGUCACUGGACCUUUUUGAACAUUUUGCCCGUCAAAUCCAGCAGCAGUCGCUAACAGCCAAGAGAAUUGUGAAACAAAAAGAAGAAAAUGACUUAUUUUGGGAUGCUGAAAAUGAGAUGUCUCAGAUCUGAGGCUUAAGCAACAGAUAAUCUUCUCAACUGAAAGACUCGAUUGGAGCAAAAGGUUUCAAACAUCAUGGAUGGGUUAACAACACUGAUGGACUCGAUGGAUUUGACAACCACUUAUCCGGAUGACGACUACAGUGGUCAGAACUAUACGACCGGCAACUACAGCGAUUAUGUUGACGAAUGGAUUCCGAAUGCAGAAGAAAUCCCUAUCCUCAUCAAUGUAACGCGAGAUGUCCCAAUCAAAUAUGCCAUGCCUCUGUUCGGGUACAUGAUGCCAUUUUUAUUAUUCAUCACGAUAAUUGCCAAUACAUUGAUUGUAGUUGUUCUUGCACAAAAGCACAUGCGAACCCCUACUAAUUUGGUUCUUCUCGCAAUGGCCAUAUCAGACCUUCUGACCCUUUUGUUUCCUGCACCUUGGUACUUCUACAUGUACACUUUAAACAACCAUUCCAAAAUCUUGUUUCCGACUGCUGCUUGUUACGCUUAUCACUGCAUGAUAGAGACAAUUCCUGCCUUUUUCCACACAGCCUCCAUCUGGCUUACUUUGCUUCUUGCUGUGCAGAGAUACAUAUAUGUUUGCCAUCCAACAACGGCUCGCACUUGCUGCACAGUUCCAAAAGUGUGGAAUGCCAUGGGCUGGAUAUACUUCUUUGCACUUAUCCACCAAUCAACUAGGUUCUUUGACAGAAUCUUCCAGUCCAUUCGAUUUCGAUGGGAAGGUGGAUUGCAUGAGGGUUGCAUCUCUAUGACUGCUGAUUGGGUGAGGGACGUCAUCACUGAAAAUAUCUACUACACUGGUUAUUAUGUGUUCAGGAUACUAUUUGUACAUGUUGGACCUUGCCUAGCUCUAGUCAUUUUCAAUGUCCUGCUUUUCUCAGCACUGCGAAAGGCCCAGCUGAAGAGGGAUAAACUUUUCAAAGAAAACCGGAAAAGUGAAUGCAAGAAGCUGAGAGAUAGUAAUUGUACAACUCUGAUGCUCAUUGUAGUGGUGACGGUGUUUUUGGUUGUGGAAAUACCCAUGGCUGUCACCACCCUCUUGCAUGUCAUGCAGAAUGCAUUGGAGUUGAACAUUGCUGAUUAUGACGACUUGAACACAACUAUCCUUUUCAUUAAUUUUCUGAUAAUUUUAAGCUAUCCAGUUAACUUUGCUAUUUACUGUGGCAUGAGUCGUCAGUUUAGAGAAACCUUCAAAGACCUGUUCCUUCAAGGUCAUAUCCCAAGUGCACGCGAAGGGUCUUCUAGAUAUUCUCUUGUCAAUGGCCCACGCACUUCAACCAAUGAAACGAUUUUAUAAAAAAAUUUAUCAUUAUACAUAUUUAAGAUCCCUAUCGUGGCAACAAAGGAGCUUCGAUUAUUUGAUAAAAUUGAUAUAAAAGUAACAAAAUGAAAUGGGAUUUCUUGUUUAUUCAUUUUGCUGUUGUAAAAGAACUUUCAACAAAUUUAUAGAACCUUAAAAAUUAAAAUAUAGAAAUUCUGCCUAAAAAUUGGUUGCGAAAGGACAAUGCUUCAAGACAGGGAGAGGAAGAAAACUAUAUAUCAUCCAGGCAAUAUUAUUUAUAUAAAAAAAUUAAGGUUUUCAAUGAGUGGCAGCAUUUGUUAAAUUUGCAAUGGUUUAUAGAAAAAUAAUCCAAAUUGUCUAAAAAAUAUGAAUGUUUAAUGGUAAACAUGGGCAAAAGUGUAGUGCAAGUUUCAUAAAUAUUGUGCAGAGGAAUCAAUGCACAAACUGUGUUCUUUUAGUGUUCAACAAACUUUAAAUAUUUAGUAAUGGACUACUGUGCAAACAAGUUGAUGUUCUUUAUGUUCCCAAAGGAGCCAAUUCAUGUAAAUGUUGCAUUGUUUGAAACUGUUAACAUAUUUCAUUACAAUUUCAUUUUCACAAAAAUACAGACAGUUAUUAUCUUAACACUUACUUUCUUCAAUUACUGAAAGAAUGGUUUGUGCAAAUUCAAAGAGAAUUUCAGUAUUUUUUUUUUUUUUCCCAAAGUUCUUUUACCAUUUACAAUGGAUGUAUAAACUAAUUUUUAUUCUUUUAAAUUCAUUAAACUCACAAAAAAAAAAUUUAAGCAAAACAAAUUAGUUUUAUUCUAAUAGCAAACAAUAUUUCAUAAAGUUUAAGAACCAAAAUUAUAGCAUUUCUUUUUCUGAAUAAAUUUGAGCUGUAAUUGCAUGAUGCACCAUAUUUUCUAAAUAAUCUGAAUUAUUAAUACAUAAAAGUGGGCUACACCAAACUAGUAUGAAUUGACUCCUUUGGAUCGCAGCACCUCGAGUAGGUUGUUCUACUACAAACUGGGGCUCUAGUAGGAAAACCUGAAGAGACUGUUGCGAAAUCUUGUUUCUAUUAGCUGUCAGCUCCUUGCAUUUUCCUUCUUUUGAAUGUUGCAUGCCAAUGAAAAUUUUUCAUAUUCAGUGUCAUGGCAAAGCCAAAUCCAUGAUGGUGCUGGUUGUAAG